AGUAGAGCCCACUCGUCUGGGCGCACGCGCACACUGACACGCCCGCGAACCGGUCGGCGGGCGACGGAGAAGACAGAGCUCAGGUCGGAGCGAGCGGCUUCGCCGGCGGCGGCGUCGACCACAGGAUGGGGCUGGGAGGCCGGGGCGUCGUGGGAGAGAGGUGGUCGCAGCGCAUCCUGUGGAUCUGCGCCCUGGGCAGCGCCGCGAGCCUCUACUUCGUCGCGGUGGAGAGGCAGGCGCAGAACCGCGCGCGGGCGGUGGCGGAGGGCCUCAAGACCCUCGACGGCGCUGGCGGCGCCGCCGGGGAGGACGUGUGAGGCGCUGCUUGGAGGCGGGCGCACCGUGGAGAGUGCCUCUCUUGGUUAGAUCUUGAGACGGGUCACUUUUGCUGUUCUGCGUCAUGUUCACUGAACUACAGAAGUUUUCCAAUAAUGUACUAAACAUCCGUGCACAAUCUUUGUAGAAAGAAAUGUUGAUUAGUGUCAGUGUUUUCAUAAUUUACACGAUUAUCUGAGCCACUGUUGCCGUGCAGAAAUGUUGAAUGAUGGGAGUGUUUUCCCAUUUCACACCAGUUAUUCCUGUAAGGGUUAUUAAGGUGUAUUUCUAUGAGACUAUGACUGUUGAAGCGAAUGGGGUAUGUAACCAAGGCAGAAAGCUCUUGUUUAGAUAAUUCUGAUGGAUAAUGUUCCUACACUA